CACGAAGCCCCCAGGAAUUUCCAUGCGAACUCUGAGUGGACCGCUUCCGACUAAAUCAAAGGUCCAAUGAGUGGUAUUUCAGUGGAAAACGGGUUCGAACAACGCCCGCUCGACUGGGGAGCUCCAGUUGUGAAGUGUGCAGAAUAUUACUAUUCGUAUUUUUUUAAUCGGUACUACUUCUCCACAUUUCAAGUACGGGAGUGUAUCGCAUCGAUUCCCUUAAAAUACUCUUCGGGGAUGUUUGCGUUGAGUUCUCUAGCGAACAAACUUCUUUGAAUAGCCGACGGAAAGAGAUCCGUGAGCCGGAUAUCCAAUGUUUGUGCUUUCAAUACAUGGUUUCGAAGGCGCAUGUUGGCUGCAAACUCUGCCGCUAAACCCUACAUGCUCGGAUCGAGUGGGACUACGG